UCUUCGGUUAAAUUAAAGUAUGAAAUGACGAAAAAUCAAGUGACAUAAUCUAACGUUAAACGAUAAGUUAUUUUUUAGCGCGAAGCAUAUUUUACGUUGACCUAUUCUAAUGAUGUAAAAUAAUGAUAUCUAAUAAGUAUAUUAACUCGAACUGAAAUAAUUCUCAAUUAGAUUAUAACUUAUAAUUAUGUGGUAAAUAGUAUUGCUUAAUCCGGUGUGCUAAAAUAACUUUUUCUCUUUUUCUACAUUUUCUUAUUUCCAAGACCUUUGAACUCGUGUUAAAACGUAUCAAAAACAAGCUGCUUGAUAAUUAAAUUACUCAUUUUAAAGAAGCAAUGUUUAAGAGCAAUUACUAAUUUGAUAUUUAUGUUAAAGUUUAAUAUCGGCUGUUACAAGUAUUAUCAUCAUUCGCAAUGAGAUUCUUACGGAGAAACGGAUACAGUUUGAUAGAUAACAGUGUUGAAGUGGCAUUCGAUAAUAGUUCAACUCGUUCUAAUUAUAAUCCUGAAGGCACAACAGUAAUAGGAACAGUCUUUUUACUUUUAAACGCGACAUUGGGAGCCGGACUGCUGAAUUUUCCCUUGGCAUUUGAUCGUUCUGGUGGAGUGAUAUCAGCAAUAAUAGUUCAAUUGUCAUUUUUAAUAUUCAUCACCAUUGCACUAGUGACCCUCGCAAACUGCAGUGACAUAACAAAAACAUCCUCUAUGCCAGACACUGUUGCUGGACUCUGCGGACCUAAAACCUUGAUAUUGUGUGGGAUCUGUGUCACUAUUUACAGCUUCGGAUGUUGUCUUACAUUUAUAAUUGUCAUUGGCGAUCAAUUUGAGCGUGUUUUAGCAACUUACUACGGAACGGAUUACUGUCACCACUGGUUUUUAUCCCGCACAUUCAUCACAUGUGUCAGCUGCACACUUUUUAUCCUCCCGAUAAGUUUCUUCAAGCGAUUGGACAUUCUGAGCUACGUGAGUUCCGUAGGAUGCAUCACUAUUGUCUACGUAAUAUGGGUAAUUAUUCAUCAGAGUAUCAACACGCCAGAUUAUCCAAAACCAACACAAGCAUGGCCUCGAAACACUUCUCAGGCGUUUCAACUGGUUCCAAUUAUUUGUUUCGCUUAUCAGACUCACAUGACUUCGAUACCGACUUAUGCGUGUAUGAAAGACCGAAACCUCGGCAAAUUCACCUGGUGCGUUAUAGCAAGCAUGGGCUUGUGUUUUUUCUCCUACACGAUUGUUGGAAUAUUCGGCUACAAGACCUUCGGCAUGGGCCAUGUGCCCAGUGAUAUUCUUCAAGGCUACAGUGACAAGAGUGCAAGUCUCGCGAUAGCGAUAAUUGCAAUUGCUGUAAAAAAUUUUACGACCUAUCCGAUUGUACUUUUUUGUGGACGGAAUUCGCUAAUGGGUUUGUUCCACGCUGAAAUUGAAGAUAACGUUACAGUGAGAGCUUUUGUGACUCUUUUGUGGUUUAUCCUGACGCUAUUUGCUGCCGUCGUAAUUUCCGACAUAUCACCUGUUAUCAAUCUUAUGGGCACACUCUCAGCAACAUUUAUAUUUAUUUUCCCGGGGAUUUGCUUACUGCAAAGUGUCCUGGUUAGAGAUCCUACUAUCCAUUCAUACAAAAGCCGCUUUCUUAUCGUCGUAGCUGUUGUUAUGACCGCUCUAGGCGGUUUUGUAUGUGGCUUAGUGUUUGUUCAAGCACUUGAAGACUUAUAUCAAGUUCCUGUUGAUAAAAAGUUUGUUACAGGCGUCAGGAUCGGUCUUGGUGGUAGUUUAUGCGUUUAAAAACAAAGGCUGUGAAUUUUUUAAUUAAUAUGUACCUCAUCAUUUAUCCCAGAUAAUAUUUAUCAUUAAUUUGUUGUAAAAA